GAAGGAGAGGCCGAGGCCCAGGCCGAGGCCCAGCAUGAGUCAGCUUCUUUUCCGGGAGCUGGUCCCGCUGCAGCUGAAGUGCAAGGACUGCGACGAGAGGAGAGAGAGUGUUCGAGUGCGUAUCGAGCUACAAUCGGUUUCUAAUCCAGUCCAUAAGAAGGAGUUAGUUAUCCAACUGACUGAUGAUACAGAUCCCUUUUUCCUGUAUAACCUUGCGAUAUCCGAGGAGGAUUUUCAGAGUUUGAAAUUCCAGCAGGACCUUCUGGUCGACUUCUCAGCUUUCCCACAGAAGUUUAUAGAUUUACUUCAGCAAUGUACUCAGGAGCAAGGCAAAGAAAUCCCAAGGUUUUUGCUGCAAUUAGUUUCUCCAGCAACUAUAUUGGAACGCUCCCCAGCAUCUCUAAAUGUGGUUCAGACCAACCAGUUUAAGUAUCUAACUCACCUCUCACUAAAACUCCUACCGGGAAAUGAUGUGGAAGUAAAGAAAUUUUUAGCGGGUUCUUUGAGGUGUAUGAAGGAAGAAAAAUUAUUAUUGGAACAAACACUUAAGAAAACUGAAGAGGACCUGUCCAGACAGUUAAACUAUACCCAGCAGGCAUUGUCAGAAAAGAGCCGUGAACUAGAUAAAUUGCAAAAUGAAUUGACAACACACACCUCAUCACUGACAAACAAGCAUUCUCUGGAAUUGACAAGUGAGAGGGAAAAAGCUCUCCAGGCCCAGGCGCAGUAUCAGCAGAUGCUUGAACAACAGAAAAAAGAGCUGGAAAACCUGCACCAGAGAAAUGUUCUUCAGCUGCAGAGCAGACUGUCAGAGUUAGAGGUGGCCAACAAAGACCUGACGGAAAGGAGAUACAAAGGCGACUCCACAGUCAGAGAACUUAAAUCAAAGCUUUCUGGGUUAGAAGAUGAGUGUCAGAGAACAAAACAGGAAGUCCUUUCUUUGCGUCGAGAGAAUGCUACGCUUGAUGCCGAAUGCCACGAUAAAGAAAAACUCAUUAAUCAACUCCAGACUAAAGUAGCUGUUUUGGAGCAGGAGAUUAAGGAUAAGGACCAGCUAGUAUUGAGAACGAAAGAAGUAUUCGACACAAUGCAGGAGCAAAAGGUAACGUUGGAAGAAAGUGCAGAGAAGAAGCAAGUGCAACUAGGAAAACUUGAGGCCACAAUAAAGUCGUUAUCCACAGAACUCCUUAAGGCAAAUGAAAUUAUCAAGAAAUUACAAGGGGAUUUGAAAACUCUAUUGAGCAAAUUGAAACUAAAGAAUUCAGUUACAAUUCAGCAAGAAAAAUUGCUCGCUGAAAAAGAGGAGAAAUUACAAAAAGAGCAGAAGGAGCUGCAAGAUGUUGGACAGUCUCUUCGCCACAAAGAGCAAGAGGUGUGCAAACUGCGAGAGCAGUUAGAGGCUUCGGUCCAGAAACUUGAAGAAAGUAAACAGCUUUUGAAAACCAAUGAAAAUGUAAUUACAUGGCUAAACAAGCAACUGAAUGAAAGCCAGUUAACAAGAAAGCAAGAAAUAUUGGGUCUCUCUACCACUCCAUCUACACAUAUCAGCAAUAACUCAAUCAGAAGCGGAAUUUCGCCUAAUCACAAUAUGCUUGACAACCGACUUCUGUACCCAAACUCGGGGAUUGGCUAUCCUGCCUCCUCUGCCUUCGCAUUCCAGAACACCUUCUCGCAUGCUGCAUCUGCCAAGAAUGCCGGCCACCCAGUGUCUGGACCAAAGGUUCAAUUUCAGAUGCAGUUUUCAAAAAGCAGCGCAUCCUCCGGAGACAUCCAGCCAGGAGGAAUAACGAGCGCAGCUCGUUCAACUGAUAAGGAAAAUAGUGAGAAUUUGGGGCUGGAAUCCAAGUAUUUGAAGAAAAGAGAAGACAGCAUUCCUUUACGAGGACUCAGUCAGAACAUCUUUAAUAAUUCAGAGCAUCUGAAAGACAGCCCUUUGGCAAUGCUUCAAGCUUCUUCAAAACCUGGAGUGCUCCCUCCUGCAGCCUCAGCUUAUUUUCCUGGGCAGUGACGAAACUCUCGGAGCCUUUCCUUCCGUUAAGGAUCGAGAGACUGGUGAUGGAUGAUAAUUAUGGACCAAGUUAACCUAAUCAUGUAAAUUCCACUUUCAUCGAAACUUUGACCUCAUCUCUCCUGCAUCAGAUCACUUUCGUGAUUUCGGUCCCAUCAGUUGGCAUCACCCGGGCUAUGUGAGGAAAGCGCACUGGGGAAAUUGAACUUUUGAGUUCAGCCCAAGUGUCUGACGGAGCCGACAAUUUGGAGUAUUUUUGCUCUUUAUGUCAUUGGAACGGUGUGCAGGGUGGAGGCUGUAAGUGUCUUUUCUUUAACUUCAUCUUUCCAGCUAAAAGUUUCUACCAAGGGAUGCUCAUUCCUUCCGUCCAUUCCUUCCUUUUUGAGCAUCACCUUUCUUUCUACAGUGAAUUGAAAGAUCUUAAAAAGUUUCAGCCUCCAUACACUGGUGAUGUCCUUCCUGCUGAGGGAUAAGGAACCGAGAGGUCCUCUUUCCCUGGGAUUCCCUUUAGGAAUUAACCAAGUAGCAAGAGAUGAUGACCAUCUUCUCUGUGCUAAAGAGGCAGCAGCUUGCUGACCGUACCCCGUGAAGCACUCCAUUCGCGGCUGAGUUUAACCCAUAUUCCUGAUCUUCAGAAAUCACUGUUGAAAACGGGGAAUAUAACAGCUGCAAAGGAUUUUAACCUGGUGUGCAAUUUCCCGUACCUCUGUCCUUUUAACCAACAUUCCUCUAAACAGCCUUGGCUUUGGUUCUGAUUUUAAAUGUCACCAUUUAAGAGAGACGAUACAACCACAUUAGGCAGGCCCGAUUUCUUUUUAGCGUUCAAAGGGUUUUACCUCCGUGGAAGAUUUUGGUUCUCAACUACGUCUUCCAGAUUUGAAUCCCUCUCAUCUUUUUUUCACCAAUCAGGGACUCAAACCUGUGUGUUUUAAAAAUAUUAACGCAAGCGCCGAUUUUGUACCCUCUGGCAGAGAUUCCUGGUCUGUCCAUGGACCCUUCUCUUUCAGCUUCUUCCUGCCGCUCUCCCCGCGACCUAUUCCGUAUCACAAGCUCUCCCCUGCCUUAUUACUCUUUCCUCCCCCGUCUUUCCCUUUCACGGCAUCCCUUCCCAUCUUCAUUUUCUUCCUCCCCUUCAGCAGAGCCGCUGGGUGAUUCGAGCAGCUUUGCGGGAAGGCUGCUUGAAGGCAGCCGACGAAGGUUAAAACUGUCCUCCUCCAAGGUUGCCGUCCCUUCCCCACUGCUCUUUGCUCCAUUUAGGGUUCGAGAGAAAUCACACCAUCAAGGGGGCUUUCGAGCCUUCCCGGAGACUCUUUACAUAGCCAAGAGAGCUGUUUCGAAUGAAAAUACUUUUUAAUCCAGC